AUGCGUAUCCUUAUCGCCUCCGCUACAGCGCAGGCUGUUUUUGCCGCAGCUCUACUAAGCACGCCUGAUACUUCGACCCUGAGGAACCGGGGGGGCGUGGAAAACCUGCCUACUAUGGACCUCACAGAUACAGAGACCCUUUACAAGCUGUAUACUGCGGCCUCAGGUGCCAAAAGUGUUAGAGACUUCUACAUUUCGGGGCUUCCAGUCACAGCGGACGCAGCUAGUAAGCUGGGUACGUCACUCGGAAUACAAAUGCUUAACAAGAUGGACGCGACACCUGGUCAACCGGUAACUGUUGUGGUUACGUUCCUAAAGGGCGUCGUAGGCUGCAUUAGCGAGGGCAAGUCAGCUAGCGAAGCAUUUGAGUGCGGCAAAAAAAACAUCUGGGGUCUUGGGGACAAUAUGUCUAUACUCCUACCAGAGAGAUGUAACAACUUCUUGGGCCAGUUUGAGGUUCCCGGCACGGGUGGCUGGCCAGGAAGAUGUCACGACCCCAGCAUCAAGCAGCAUCCAGAAGGGAACUCGGCUAGGCGCGGGAUUCUACGCAGCGCGUGCAAAGUAUUCUAUUUCCUACAGGGAAGUAGAUUUGAAGAGGCUGACCGCCUACGCGGCAAGCCAAACUGCGAUGAGAGAUUCCCGUCUGAUGAUCGCAUUGCUAAGAUGGAGGCGGAGUCGCAGCUCAAGAUCAAAAUGGACAAGGCAACAAUUGAUCUCAUCAACUUCCGUAGGCGGCUUCUAGAUAGGUUUAACCAGAACCUCCAGGUUUCCACUUAUUAUAGCGAUAUUGAAGAGGCCGCCACAUACAUUGCCCAAGGGGCCUUCCCAUCCGCUGUGGGCAAAGACAACAAAGAGAUAAUGCAACUAGCCGAAUGGUUUUUAGGCGAUCUGCACCCGGAAUGGGACUUAAAGGACUGGGUGGCUGCACCUGAGGUCCCAGCUAGGAAUAUCACCACAGACGACAGGGAUUUCAGGAAGGCGCAUGACCUCAUCCGUGGAGGGCCGUACGCAGGGCUGUUCCGAGAUUCGAAGCCUCAAAGUGAGACGUGCUACUCGGCUGCGGGCCUUGCAGAAGCGCAACCAAGCACGAACUGGGAUAAACUAGCUGCCGCGCUUGGCCUCAUCGAGAAAACCCUGCGGAAGAACCAGCGUAUAUACUGGUAG